ACAAAAGCUAACAUUGCCAUUGUUUUAUACUGUUCUUCGAAACAAAUUGUUUGUUACACAUACAUUAGUUUAAACUUAGAUUUGGAGUUGGUGACGUCAGUUAGCGUACUUAUCGGGGUAGGGUGGAACGAACGAACCGCCAUUGUACCUCAACAGGAAGAGGACUGUGACGUCACGGCCUUCGUGUUGUGACUUCGUUUGUUUAAAAAAAAAAAAAAAAAGAGUAAGUUUUGGAGUGACUUCCCUACGUGAAGCACCCGAAGCAACACGCCCUUAAACAAGAAGCCAUGCAAAUAAGAUAAGAUAACACAGCAGUGUGUGUGUUUGUAAACAGCAUCAAUGCCGCGCCUCUGCCAUUGCUAUACCACUGUUGGACACGUCUUCCCAUGACUGGAGCCCACGCCGUGCAUAGAUCACCAUCGCCGGGGGGGCGACGACAAUCAAAGCGGUCCCGGUCCAAGUCGCCCCCCACACCACCACCCCACACACCCACACGCACACACUCAUGUGCGCCCUGGAGAUGGAGAUGACCAAGCGCGCCAUGCACGUCAACUCCAAGGUGAAUUGCGGGAUCGACAGGAACGGCGGAGACACCGCAGAAGUGUCCGUGCCGGUGUCGCUCCCAGGGAAAAGGACGGCUCACAUGGAGGGAGACGACCUGUACCGACUGCGGGACAGAAAGUUUUUGUUGGAGGACAAGAAGCGGCUGUGCACGCUGGCUUUGGGCGCAGCUCUGCUGGGAAUCCUGCUUAUGAUCAUCCAUACUGAGAUGUGCCCCUUCUUCUACGAAGCGGGCUCAAACAUCGCCUUAUUCAUCAACUGUUCCAUCAGUCUGUCUACUGGGUGUCUCCUCAUUUUAAUCUUAGCCUUCCAUUAUAAGGACAUCAGGCUUUUCAUUAUCGACCACAAUCAGGUGGACUGGCGCAUUGCCAUGACCAGCCACAGGGUUUUUGUCAUCACGUUUGAGGUACUGGUCUGCGCUAUCCAUCCGGUCGGCACCUACUGGGAGGCGGGCCUUCACGGCAACUCCUCUUCCUCAUCUCCGCUGUGUGAUUCCGACCAUCACAGUAAGACUUUGGCGAAUUUGGAGCUGCUGCUGUCGGUGCUGAUGUUCCUGCGCUUGUACCUGGUGCACAGAGCGGUCCUGCUGCACAGCAAGGUGCUGCUGAGCGCCUCCUACCGGAGCAUCGGCUCGCUCAACAAUAUCAACUUCACCUUCCGCUUCGUACUCAAGGUCCUGAUGAACAAGUACCCUGCACGCACGCUGCUUGUCUUCAUCCUUUUCUUCUGGCUCACGGCAUCUUGGAUGCUGACUCUAUGUGAGAAGCAGACACAAGGGUCGACCGAUCACAUGGAAACCGCUUUGUGGCUUAUAGCCAUCACCUUCCUCACAGUGGGCUACGGCGACGUGGCACCCCACACUCGCUGUGGCAAGUCGGUGUGUCUCUUCACUGGAGUCAUGGGUGUAGCCUGCACCGCAAUGCUUGUCGCCGUGGUAACCAAGAAGCUUGCAUUGAAUAAAGGAGAGAAGCACGUGCACUUUUUUAUGCUGGACAUCCAGAUCUCCAAAGGGAUCCGCCAUGCUGCUGCCAACGUGCUACGUGAGUGCUGGCUGCUGCACAGAGCCAACCUGACAAAAGGAAACCGAGGAGAACAUCGGAGACACCAGAGAUGUCUUCUGGAGGCCAUCAGAGUGUUUCGUCACCUGCGCCUCAAACAGAGAAAACUGCGGGAUUAUGUCAGUGAGAUGGUCGACCUGCCAAAGAUGCAGAUGAUCAUGUGCGACCUCAGCGCCAAUUGGAAUAACUCCUAUCGGGAGCUGGAGCAGCGUAUCCUCUCCAUGGAGCAGAAGCUUGAAGAGCUGAGUCGCUGCUUCCAGCAAACCUCAGAGCUGCUGUCCCAGGUCUUACGUCACCGCAACCCAGAGAUCAGGUGACACGACUGCAAUCUUCGGAGGAACAGCGGUGGUUUCAUCCAUCAAUAUCUCGAGGCAGUGAGCUGCUUCUACAUGCAUCAACGAUUUGGAGAGCUCAUUUUCAGGGCUAAUCUGCACCAAUCCUGACUGUGCAAUCAGACUUUGAGAUUGUUGACCAACUCAGAGAGCUUUUUAAUAUACACCGGCCCGCUAUUAUUGAAAAACUCCUCAAUCAGUGCUUAUUCCUGGGGAAUAAGAUGCUAUAUUUGUUGCAUGUAAUUAGCUUUGCAGUAGUACAAAUAUGAAAUACAUCUUCGAGCAAACUCACAAAGGAGGAGAAAAAUCCACAUUGUAUUAUAGGAAGACGCCUUUAUUUCAAAUAGUGUCAAAUGGUCCAUCUCAAAAAGUAAGGCCAAAACGAUGGGAUGCAGGAAAUGUAGUCUACAUUUAGUGUGGGGGCAUUGAAGACUGGUUCUCAGUGACCUGACUGCUUCAUCUGGUGGAGAUCUAAGGAAAUAAAAUAUCAAUUUACACUAUAAUAAAAUUGUGAUAUAUAGGGGCAUCUAAAAAUGUUUUGAAUAUCUUUGAAAAGUUUAUUUUCAGUAAUUCAAUUAAAAAAGAGUACCCUUUAAUUCCAAUAACAUAUUUACAGUCGUCCCUCAGCCUUACCGCCUCCAUUUUCUUAUUUUUUUUAGCAUAUUUUACAUUUCUUGUCCUAAAUUAACUAAAAUAUCAAUACUACCAAUCAAAUCAAUCUGUUCAGUAUCGUGGCCGCUGAUUGGCUCAGCCUCAGGCAGCAUAAUUAUAUUACAUUAAAGGCCUACUGAAACCCACAACUACCCACCACGAAGUCUGAUAGUUUAUAUAUAUCAAUGAUUAAAUAUUAACAUUGCAACACAUGCCAAUACGGCCUUUUUAGUUUACUAAAUUGCAAUUUAAAAUUUCCCGGGAGUUUCUUCUUGAAAACGGCGCGUAAUGACGUGUACGCGUGACGUCACGGACUGUUAGGAAAUAUGAGCGCUGCGCACACACACAGCUAAAAGUCAUCUGCUUUAACCGCAUAAUUACACAGUAUUUUGGAGAUUUGUGUUGCUGAAUCUUUUGCAAUUUGUUCAAUUAAUAUUGGAGAAGUCAAAGUAGAAAUAUGGAGUUGGGAAGCUUUAGCCUUUAGCCACACAAACACACGGUGAUUCCUUGUUUAAAAUUCCCGGACGUGAAACUUUACUAUGGAUAAGAGCGGUCAAGCGAACAUGGAUCCCGACCACUUGUCAACCAGCAGUUUUCUGUGAGAAAAUUGUGGUAAAAAGUCGCUUCUUACCGGAGAACAGCUGAACUUGCGCCGUCAAUAAAGCUGCCGUCGACUUCCCUGAGACACAGGUGUCAAGACACUCGGCCGUGGAGACACCCCUCCGACUAUCAGGUAAUAUUAAACUCACUAAAACACUAGCAACACAAUAGAAAGAUAAGGGAUUUCCCAGAAUUAUCCCAGUAAAUGUGUCUAAAAACAUCUGAAUCCGUCCCAAUGCAAUCGCGUAUUUUUUUUUUUCCUAGUCCAUCGCUUAUCCUCAAACACGAAUCUUUCAUCCUCGCUCAAAUUAAUGGGGAAAUUGUCAUUUUCUUGGUCCGAAUAGCUCUUUUUGUUGGAGGCUCCCAUUAAAAACAAUGUGAAGAUGUGAGGAGCCAUCAACAUGUGACGUCAUCGUCUGCGACUUCCGGUAAAGGCAGGGCUUUUCUGUUAGCACUAAAAGUUGCGAACUAUAUCGUGGAUGUUCUCUACUAAAUACUUUCAGCAAAAAUAUGGCAAUAUCGCGAAAUGAUCAAGUAUAGCAUAUAGAAUGGACCUGCUAUCCCCGUUUAAAUAAGAACAUCUCAUUUCAGUAGGCCUUUAAGAGUGUAAAGGUGAUUAUAUUAAUGCAAUUUCAUGUCUAAAGGGCUGUCAUAAUGUUGAAAAUGUACUCAGAAAGGCGUAAAUAUGUUGUUUACGCUCUAGCUAGGAACGUAUUUGAUUCAUAAUGAAUCAUUCCCAUUUAGUGGCAAUUCAUCUAUGUCCGGAACCAUUUAACAGCGACAAAUGAGGGAUUACUGUAAUAAUUUAAGUUUUUUGUUUUAUAAAAUUCAAUUACUCAUGAAAGAGGAAAAUUGUAAAAAGUUUAAUAUUGGUGUAAACAUCAGAUUAGCCUUUUUAAUUAGUCUCAAAUCUGAAGUGAACUCCUGAAAAGAAGGGUCACCAUAAUUUACUUUUUUUUAGAUGCACCUGAAUAUGAAGGGCUUAAACAUGGUCACACAUAAUUAGUUUUCUCAUAAGCAUUAAAAAUCAAAGAUAGACAUCAGUGAUACCUCAUUGGAAAACAAGCACUUUGUAAAAAACAAACAAAAAAACUGGACAAACCUCAAGAGGAUAAACUGGAGCUUUGAUUUAAAAAAAAAUGUAAUACUGAAGGGAAAAACAGUGACUUAUGGAAGGAACUAUGUUUACUGUUGUAUCUUUUGCACGUUAUUAAAAGUUGUUGUUGGAAUUAAAAAUACAGUGACAAUUAAAUGA